AUGCAGUGCGAGCAGGUCACACCGAAGAGCUAUCCGGUCAAUCUGAUUGACAAAGAUUGGUCCGAGCGGAAACUUUAUUUUUGGAGUCCGGCCAAAUCAUUUCCUGCAAUGAUUCAUGAUAUGGAGGUGAAGGAAGAUGAUGUUUGGAUUGUGACAAAUCCAAAAUGUGGUACUACUUGGAUGCAGGAGCUGGCAUGGUUGCUGCUGAACGAUUGCGACUUCGAAGCGGCACUUUCCAAGGACUUGGAACUACGCUCUCCCUUUCUUGAAUUUGAUUUUAUGGUAAAUUCGGAUGAACAAACUGCUUUGGAACGUGUAGAAGAACUGCCAUCGCCGCGUCUAAUAAAAUCGCACCUGCCCCUGCCGCUAUUACCUCGUCAGUUGUGGGAGAAGAAAGCUAAAGUGAUUUAUGUUUUCCGCAAUCCAAAAGAUGCUUGGGUGUCGGGAUAUUAUCAUGGCGUUACAAUUGGCUAUAACUAUGGUAAAACGUUGGAGCAAUUCUUCGAUGAGUGUCUGGAGCAAGAGAGUGAUCGCAGAUAUAUUAUCGAACAUGCAGCUGAAUUUUAUCAGCUACGGAAUGAGCCUUGGUUUUAUUAUACCAGCUUUGAGCGCAUGAAAUGCAAUCUCCGCGCUGUCGUUGAAGACUUGUGCAAAUUUCUUGACAAGACUGUAACGGAACAACAAAUGGAACGUUUGCUUAAGCAUCUGUCAUUUGAAGAAAUGAAGAAAAAUCCGACCACAAAUCAUCUUUGGGAGAGCACUCAGAUUAAACUCGAAAACGGCGGGAAAGAAGUUCACAAUUUUGUGCGAAAGGGCAAAGUAAAUGGUUACAAGGACGACUUGACACCCAAGCAGAUUGAGAAAGCUGAUAAUUUUAUAGCGGAAAGACUUCUCUUAAACCAAGUCACUUUAGAAGAACUCUUGCUAGUUGACAAACUCUGA